AAACAGAAAGAAAGGUCAGUGACUGUUCUGUCAGGGAAUAGCGCUUUGUUUUUAAAUUUCGAGUAAUAUUCACUGCAUUGUUCAUUUUCUAAUGCGCAUUGAUUGAAAAAUAUUCAUUAUUUUGUAUUAUCUUGUGCUUUUGUUGUGCUUUGUUCUGUUAUAAAUUGCUCUUAUUCCGACUAGCGUUCUAAAAUAAAAUUAAAAUUCUAUUGUCUAAUGAUGUCUGGAUCCGAUUCUCAUAAGUCAGAAACUACGAAAGACAAUAUAUCCACAAAUUCCAUUGAUGAAGGACUACCUCGAGAACUUAGUCAACUAAGUCUUUCCAGUUCAUCUAGUCAAGAUGAGUUCUUUUGUGAUAAGGGACACGCUGAAGUAGCCUUAAAAAAUAUUUACGGAUACUAUCAAUCACAGAAAUUGUGCGACGUAUUUUUAAUCGCAGAUGGAUGCAGGAUACCAGCACACAAAGUAUUAUUGGCAUCAUGCAGUGAGUACUUUGCAGCCAUGUUUACGGGUUCACUGCGUGAGGCUCAGCUAACGGAAAUAACACUUGAGCGCAUUGACUCACAGGCACUACAGGCUCUUGUUCACUAUUGCUACACAGGCACAAUAGAACUAAGAGAAGAAACUGUGGAAGUUCUCCUGUCAACAGCAAGUUUACUACAGCUACAUUCAGUAACAAAUGCAUGCUGUGCUUAUCUUAAAAAGCAAUUGGAUCCUUGUAAUUGUUUGGGAAUAGCUCUAUUUGCGGAACAACAGUCCUGCAUUGAUUUAAACAAAGCAGCUUUGAAAUACACAUACCAAAAUUUUAUGCAGGUUGUAAAACAUCAGGAGUUUUUAGGUCUACAAUCAGACCAAUUAUCAAGUCUGCUGAAAUCUGAUGAUCUCAAUGUGGUGACUGAAGAAAAUGUAUUUGAAAGUCUCAUGACAUGGGUACAACAUGACAGUGCUAACAGAGAAAAUUAUUUGCCAACAUUACUGAAGCUAAUUAAAUUACCCUUACUUUCGUCUGAGUACUUAAUAGAUAAAGUGGAACAAGCAUGUGGCAAUGUACCAGAGUGUCAACCUUUAAUUAUGGAAGCAGUAAAAUGGCAUCUACUCCCAGAAAGACGUUCACUGCUUUUCUCACACAGAACUAGGCCAAGAACUUCCACCAUUGGACGUCUCUUGGCUAUUGGAGGCAUGGAUGGCUAUAAAGGUGCUAAUAACAUGGAAAUGUAUGACCCACGAACUAAUACUUGGACUCCUUUCAUGAAAAUUGGAGCCAGGAGACUCCAGUUUGGUGUUGCAGUAAUGCAGAAUAAACUAAUUGUCGUAGGCGGCAGAGAUGGGCUUAAAACCUUGAAUACUGUUGAAUGUUUUGAUCUAACAUCUCUGAGUUGGAGUACUUUAGCUCCCAUGAACACUCACAGACAUGGGUUAGGUGUGACAGUAUUAGGAGAAGGGCCCCAUGCUCCAGUGUACGCCGUAGGAGGUCACGAUGGAUGGAUCUAUUUGAAUUCUGUAGAAAGAUGGGACGCGUGCUCGCGCACGUGGACGCUGGUGGCGCCGAUGAGCGGCGCGCGCAGCACGUGCGGCGUGGCGGCGCUGCGCGGGCGGCUGUACGCGGCGGGCGGCCGGGACGGCUGCGCCUGUCUGCGCUCCGUCGAGUGCUACGACCCCGCCACCAACCACUGGACCAAUUGCGCCCCCAUGACCAAACGCCGCGGCGGGCUCAGCGUGUGUGCCGCCGGGGGCUAUCUGUAUGCAUUGGGAGGUCACGAAGCCCCAGCCAAUACCGUCGGCGGUAGACUCGCCUGCGUGGAACGUUACGACCCUGUCGCCGAUACAUGGGUACUGCUCGCGAGGCUGUCUUACGGGAGAGACGCCAUUGGAUCCUGUCUGCUUGGAGAUCGUAUCGUUGCUGUGGGUGGGUACGACGGUGUUCAGUACCUGUGCGUCGUCGAAGUAUACGACUCUGAAUCUAACUGUUGGCGCAAGCUCGCUCCUCUGAGCUCAGGCCGAGCUGGGGCCGCCGUCGUUGCAGUACCGCCGCCGAGGAAUCUGUUCUGAUACAACGAAAACCAAUUAUUAACUUACGUACUUGCGUCUUCGCGCGAACGUCCUUCGUCACCUAACUGUUUACCUAAAGAUGGCGUUUUGCCUCUCUAAAUAUCUGCCCAGUAAAGUUUGAGAUUUAAUAAUAUUUAUCAACCUUAAAGUGUUGUGAACUUCGUGCGGAUACAUUUAAAUAGCGUAUCUUCUAUCACAAUAGCAAUUAAUAUUUCCAUUCCAAAUAAUAAUGUUGAAAACGUAGAACGCUACAGCGUUUUAUAAACUACAGCUUAUAAAAUACACAAUAAUGCAGAUGUUAGAGACGUAAGAGUUUCCUAAUAAAUCUAAAUUACGGAAAUAACAUGUUGAUUGAUCUCAAAGCAAAACAUUCAAAAGGAUUUAGUUUUUAUUAAUAUUUACUAUAUUUAGGAGACUGCUAGCUAUUAUCCUGUUUAUUCUUAAUUUUAGUUAUAUUUUGUAAUCAAUCUUAUAUAAUUAGAUAAUGGCGUUUUUUUUAUGUAAUUAGAGCUGUUACGCAAAAAGUAAAAAAGAAGUUGCGUAACACAAAUAAUAAAAAAGAUGGACGCCGGGUAAGAAUUAACUUUUAUAAAUUAGAAAAAAUGUAGUGAAAUUACAAACUUAGGUUUUGUGAAUUUUUUCACCAAAUUUAUAGAUAUAUUUUUACUGAUGCCAGGACGUAUUAUGCGCUCCCCUAAGUAACUACCACACCAUCCGAUCUAUUUUUACCGUGAAGCAAUCUUACGUUCUAAUUUGUAGGAUAAGAUAUUUCAAAUGGGUCUCUCAAGCAUUCACAUUGUGAUAAUGUUUAUUGGACACAGUAACCACUUUACUCUUAAGUGGGCCGUCAUGUUGUUCACAAAAACACACAAUAAAAAAGAAAAAAGGUACCAAGGUAGAAGUCGACAUCGCCUAAAAGAUAAGACGUACGUACGGUGCAUUCGUUUCGAACGAUGCAACUGUGUUUGAAUCCCGCAGGCGGGUACCAAUUUCUCUGAUGGAAUACGUAAUUAUCAACUGUUCAGGAUUGACUUCCACGGUGAAGGAAUAACAUCGUGUAAUAAAAAUCAAACCCGCAAAAUUAUAAUUUGCGUAAUUAUAGGUGGUAGGACCUCUUGUGAGUCCGCAUGGGUAUGUGCCACCACUCUGCCUAUUUCUGCCGUGAAGCAGUAAUGCAUAUCGGCUUGAAGGGUGGGGCAGCCGUUGUUACUGUACUGAGGAGACCUUAGAACUCGUAUCUCAGGGUGGGUGGCAGCAUUUACGUUGUAGAUGUCUAUGGGCUCCAGUAACCACUUAACACCAGAUGUGAGCUCUUCCACCCAUCUAUGCAAUAAAAAAGUGAACUUUUUCACAAAAUUUACUUAUAUAUAGUAAAACCUAUAUUUUUUCUGUUUCUAUUUAAAUUUCAUUUUUAUAAUAUUGUCAUCCUGUGAUUCUAGUAUAGGAAAACUCAAAAUAUAAUAUUUUACAAAAUGUGUAAAAUGAAUUUGUUGUUGUUAAGUUGUCGUGGCCUAACGGAUAGGACGUCCGGUGCAUUCGUGUUGAAGCGAUGCACCGGUGUUCGAAUCCCGCAGGCGGGUACCAAUUUUUCCAAUGAAAUACGUACUCAACAAAUGUUCACGAUUGACUUCCACGGUGAAGGAAUAACAUCGUGUAAUAAAAAUGAAACCCGCAAAAUUAUAAUUUGCGUAAUUACUGGUGGUAGGACCUCUUGUGAGUCCGCGCGGGUGGGUACCACCACCCUGCCUAUUUCUGCCGUGAAGCAGUAAUGCGUUUCGGUUUGAAGGGUGGGGCAGCCGUUGUAACUAUACAUGAGACCUUAGAACUUGUAUCUCAAGGUAGGUGGCGCAUUUACGUUGUGGAUGUCUAUGGGCUCCAGUAACCACUUAACACCAGGUGGGCUGUGAGCUCGUCCACCCAUCUAAGCAAUAAAAAAAAAAAAAAAAAAAAAGAAUUAUGUAAAAUACUAUUUUUAUAUUUGUCAUACUUUAUAUUAAGUAAGUAACAAAAAGAAUCAAAUGGAUAUUUAAAAAAAACGUGGUUCUCGAAACUAUCAUGAUAGUUAAAAAUAAUAACACGAGGGAAAUGUAGUAAGCAAGAAAGUACUUACUUAUAGCCUUGUAGAAGUAAUACAUUAUACUAUGCUAUGUAAUGUGAAACUUAAGUAUUCCUUAAUAAAUUCAAAUAAUAAUAAA